AAUCAGUGACAGUCAUCAGUCUCCGGUGUAGUGCUUUCGUGGCUGGUCGUGCUGAAUUUCAAUCGGUGCAAUUUCUCAAUAAUUUUGCUACAAGAAGAUAGUGACUAGAAAAAAUCAGAUAUAAGCAGGAUUUACAAUAAAUUGUCAAUAUUUGGGUGCUGAAAGUGGAUGUUAUUCGGUGCAUUAGAAACAAGAGAAAUUUAUUUAUAGAAUAACAAUACUGGUGCUUCAAAGCAGAAAAAAUACAAAGAAAAGUGUUCUGAUAGUGCAUGAAAAUGGAUGGUGAUAGUGCCCAAUCAUUCUGUGAGUUUAAACAACAAGUGUCAGCGGUGCCACAGUAUGGAUUAAAACUGAAAUUCAAUCAUGUUUAUCCGGAGACUAGGAAUCAAAAUCUGAAACCAUCGUUUCGUCAAAUAUGGCCUAUACUUCCACUGGCCCUAAGGUACAUCCCGUACUACUGGAGGGUGUCACGCGAGGGCCGCCAGGUACUGAUGGACUACUGGUACACGGAGAAUGGGAAGCAGAUCUACGGAGCCCCACUCGGUGGUAUUGGCGCCGGCACGAUUGGACGCGGCUUCGCCGGCGAAUUUUGCCGGUUUCAGCUGAAGCCCGGCUUGUACGAGUACAACACGGUGCACGCGAAUCAAUUCAUCGUCACAAUUAAGGACGAAAACAACGUGACCAUUUUUCAGAGUUUGCUUUCGUCGUACAGUCGGCCUAAAACCCCUCUCAGCAGUUGGGAAAGUAACUUGAAUCCAUCGAAGUGCGACUACACGGCACUGUACCCACGGGCAUGGUCCGAGUAUGAUCUCAGUAAACACGGUAUCAAACUGAUCCAACGACAGAUCUCACCGAUAAUACCCCAUGACUACAAGGAGAGCUCUCUACCGGCAUCCGUUUUCGCAUGGACCGUUGAGAAUGUAUGCGGAAAGGAUCGGCAGGUUACGAUCACAUUCACGUUCAAAAACGGUACUGGAAACCGGAAGCAGGAUGCGGAGGGCAACAGUGAAACGGCUGCGUUCGUCCAUGGGUCGGCCAAAGGAAUCAGUAUUAAGCAAUCCAUCGCGGAUAUGCAGUGCACCUAUUGCAUCAGUUGCAAAACUUCAUCGGAAAUCAACUUAACUCGAUGUGAAAAGUUCGAUCCGGCAGGGAAUGGGGAAAAACUGUGGAAUGACCUCAAAGAGAAUGGGUAUCUCACUGACAAAUCUACCGACGAUACCAUAAAGGGUAAGGAUGUAGCCGUUGCUGUAAGUGCGCAAAUUCUAGUACAAUCAGAAUGCAGCUCUGAGCUGAACUUUGCUCUAGUCUGGGAUAUGCCAAAGAUACAUUUUACCAAAAAAGUGAAGGAACACUACAAAUAUUACACUAAAUACUUUGGAAAGGGAGGAGAUGCGGGUCCUUCACUGUCGGAUUAUGCUCUGCAAAAUUUUUCAAAAUGGGAAAAGUUGAUCAACGAGUGGCAGAGGCCUAUAUUAGACGAUAGUGAUUUACCGGACUGGUAUAAGAGUGCCAUAUUUAACGAAUUGUACUUUAUCGCCGACGGAGGCAGUGUUUGGUUGACUAUAGACGAUCCCGAUAUGCCAUACGAUGAUCCUAGGUUAGCUUAUGGAAGAUUCGCAUAUCUGGAAGGUCACGAGUACCGCAUGUACAAUACAUACGAUGUUCACUUCUAUGCUUCGCAUGCCCUAGCUAGCUUAUGGCCGAAUCUACAAGUCAGUCUCCAGUACGAUUACAAAGAUACGAUAUAUCGCGAAAUUUCGGAAGGACGGAAAAACCUGUAUGACGGAAAGGUCAUGCCAAGAAAAAUAAAAAAUUCUGUUCCUCACGAUUUGGGAGAUCCGGAUGAAGAACCCUUCGAAUGGAUCAAUGCCUACCCAAUCCAUGACGUCUCGGAGUGGAAAGACCUCAAUACCAAGUUCAUCCUGCAGGUUUAUCGCGAUUACCAUACGCUCAAUCAGUACGCACAACGUAACGCAGAAAAUGCUAGCAAAUUCAGCUCGAUAGAGUUCAUCGACAAGGAAAGCAUGUACGAAAUGUAUAUUCAGGACAAUCGCAAUAAAGUAUCACCUGAGGAUAAAACCCAAAAUCGAAAAUCGGCCUCGAUGUACAUCAAUGAAACCAACGGAAAGGUCUACCUGAUGGAUGCAAUGACGUACCUAAAGAGCAUGUAUCCUGCCUGUAAAUUGGUGCUAGAGAAAUCACUUGAAUGGGAUAAGGACAAUGAUGGGUUGAUCGAGAAUAGCAAAUGCCCAGACCAGACGUACGACACAUGGGUUAUGGAUGGGCCAAGCUCAUACUGUGGUGGACUUUGGCUCGCUAGUUUGCAUUGCAUGUCCGUGAUGGCCAAUCUGCUGGACCAGACAGACGAUUGCAUCAAAUUCCGAGAGAUUUUAGAAAAAGGAAAGAGAUCGUUUGAAGAAAAAUUAUGGAAUGGAUCCUACUAUAAAUUUGACGGUCAGAGCACUUCAAAAAAUUCUAUCAUGUCAGAUCAGUUGUGCGGCCAUUGGUAUUUACGUUGCAGUGGUUUUGAUUACGAUAUCGUUCCGAAGGAGAAUGUCCGUAUUGCCCUGAAAACAAUCUACGAUAAUAACGUGAUGGGUUUCUGUGGUGGAACAAUGGGAGCUGUGAAUGGGUACAUCCCGAGUAGUCAACCGAACAAAGAAGGUCGAGCUGACAUAUCUACACUGCAAGGGGAGGAAGUGUGGACCGGAGUCACGUAUGCACUGGCUUCGACAAUGAUUCAUGAAGGAAUGUUCACCGAAGCGUUCCAAACUGCCGGGGGUUUGUACAAAACCCUUUCCGAAAAGAUUGGCAUGAACUUUGAAACACCCGAAGCACUUUACGCUGAGCGACACUAUCGUGCUAUCGGUUACAUGCGACCACUUAGUAUUUGGUCAAUGCAAACUGCCUGGGAGCAGAAAAGGCAAAAUAGGGACUAAAUUCUCCCGUUCUGUUGAUGCUAAUACUGUGCAAUUGUAAUAUGUGCAAAUACCUGAAUCAGCAUUUUGCUUCUGAUUAGCAGAGUAUUAUUGUCUUAGUAUUAUGAAUAGCUAUUUUCGAACAACUUGACCAAUAUGUACACCUUUUACUAUAAAGUUCAUUAUUUUAAUGUAGUUUAAGAAUUAUUUUUAAUAACUUAUCGAUUUAAUAAACAAUCCUUGGUUGUAACUUGGGGGUGUAGCGUGAUAGAUAUACUUCCACGCAGACAACCAGUAUUGGAUUUUCUACUCCCGCACAACUUAGCUUAUAAGCUGAUUACUACAUGGUUAAAACCUAAACUUUGUAAAAUCUAUGGACUUGAACGCAUAGGUCAGGUGCUAUCAUAUGCUACAACAUUAAUUUGUUGUAUUUUACAAAUUGCAUGUUGUAUCUACGACUGUAAUUCAUCCCGGAUCGGCAAUUCAGAGUACAAGACGCUUGUCUCGCAUGUUAAAACAUAAAGUCAAGAUCCGCAUAGGAAUGUAAUAUUCUGGCUUUACUUGAUUGAGGGUUAAUCUGAGUUGCUAGUCUAACAGUAAAGGUUGACCCGCAUUGGAUAAACACAAUUCCGAUGUUUUAUUCUUUGGUUAUGUAGCUAUGUGCUGUGCACCUCUUCUUCUUCUUCUUCUUUUUCUGGUUGGCGUCACCUCACUUAAGAUGACUCCGAUUUGAUGGCACAGCAACUUAGGCUAUAUUGCCAGUUAAUUUCCGUUUAUAGUCCAAUGGACUUUCUGUUAAUUGGACUACAAGUAGUCGUCGUCAAAGUACGGAUAAAAAUUUUUUCUUUCUUGCGAAAUACUCCGGACUAACACAAUACAACGUGCUCGCCCGUUAAGAGUUUCGCCGGAAGUGGUUGUGCACCUCAGCCAUAUCCGAAGGAGAAAAACAUCGGUAUCGGAUGAUCGGUUCUGUAAAAGGACAAAUCACUCUAAGCGAGGCUUGAAAAGUUUCAGGAGAGAUUGUGUGAGAUUUGCAAGUGUACGCAAGUUCUGGAAGGAUUGCGUGAGAUAAAAGAUCUUUAGGAGUUCGGAACUGAAAAGCUUUACGAGGGAUUACACAGCAUUAGCAAAUUCAGAAAAGUUAACGAGGAUUAAAAAAGUUUUGGAGGACUCGCGCGAGAUUAGGUGAAAUUAUUUCGUAUUGGAUGAUUUUAUUUGUCUAAACUAGUUCAGAGUUUAGAGAGAUUCACAUUCUCACUGAAAAUGAAAAUCGUAGAGCAAAAACA